GCCGGUGGCGGGAUGAAGGCGCCGAGGAAGCCGAGGAGGACGCAGCUCCUCCCGCGGUUCUGCGUCUGCGGAGUCGGUCUGCUAGCAGCCGCCUGGAUCCUCCACUACCCUGAAAUCACAGGCUCCCAUAGACCCACUGUGGACGGAGUCUUUGUCUGGUCUAAGAGAGAGCUAAGCCAGGAGAGAAGAGAGGACAACCAGACCUCCAGCACCCCUAGAUCUGCUAUCCAUGAGUUUCCCGAGGACAUCUUCACUCUGAAGCAGAGGAGACAGGGAGCGGUACUCCUUCAUGUUCUCUGUGCUGUGUACAUGUUUCACGCCCUGGCCAUAGUGUGUGACGUUUAUUUUGUGCCAUCACUGGAAAAGAUAUCAGAGAACCUUCAACUCAGCGAGGAUGUUGCCGGGGCAACCUUCAUGGCAGCUGGGAGCUCCGCGCCCGAACUUUUCACCUCCCUGAUUGGCGUGUUCAUCACAAAGGGAGACCUGGGCGUGGGAACUAUAGUGGGAUCAGCUGUUUUUAACAUCCUGGUCAUCAUCGGCAUUUGUGGCAUCUUCUCUGGACAGCCCAUCUCUCUGAGCUGGUGGCCUCUGUUCCGUGAUUCUGUCUUCUACAUCCUGUCCAUAGUGGUGCUUAUCCUGGUGAUCUUUGAUGAGCAAGUCAUAUGGUGGGAGACCAUCAUCCUGAUCUCUAUGUAUGGAAUCUACAUCCUCAUCAUGAAGUUUAACAGGUCUCUGUGCAGCUGGGUGGAGAGACACUGCAGCAGAGGAGGUCAGCCGUGCCUGAGCAGCCUGCGCCGGACCACUGCCGUCGGACAUGUUGGAGACUGUGAUACAGACAUGGUGCCGCUGAAGCCAGACUUGUGCGUGGUGGCCGGCCAGGACUCGGGGGUGGCGAUGGUGGACGAGCUGCUGAGCCUGCAACCCCACCAGCUCUCGUUCUCAGAGGCAAGCCUCCGCCUUCUCAUCACCCCGCAUUUCCCCCCCUUCACUCGCCUGCGCAUGGCAGGACGCAUGGUCAUCAACGAGAGGCAGAGGCUGAUCCGGGCUCGAGGAGGACUGGAUGAGGGCGGAGGUACUGGCGAGGAGGGGGCGGGCACCAGCGGGCCGUGGGGCAGAGAGAACGGGGCGACGGCAGAGGGAGACAGGCCGCCGCUGGAGGGAGAGCGGGAGAAAGAGAUGGGGGAGACAGUCGGGGGAGCACAGCCUAAAGAGGAGGAGGAGGAGGAGGAUCAAGAGGAGGAGGACGAGGAGAGGGUCCCUUUCAAACCCUUUGUUUUGCCAGAUUCUUGGUGCGACCGUCUGAAGUGGCUGAUGUCCUGGCCCGUGAGCAUUCUGCUCCACUGCACCAUCCCCGACUGUAACCUGCCACAGUGGCAGCGCUGGUACCUGCUCACCUUCCUGUCCUCCACUCUGUGGAUCGCCCUCUUCUCCUACCUCAUGGUCUGGAUGGUGACCAUCAUCAGCUACACACUUGGAAUCCCAGAAGUCAUCAUGGGAAUCACCUUCCUGGCAGCCGGGACCAGCGUUCCCGACUGCAUGGCCAGCCUCAUUGUCGCCCGCCAAGGCAUGGGGGACAUGGCUGUGUCCAACUCCAUCGGCAGUAAUAUCUUUGAUGUGCUGCUGGGCCUGGGUUUCCCUUGGGCGCUGAGGACACUCAUAGUCAACUAUGGAUCAGUGGUGUACAUCAACAGCAAAGGCCUGGUGUACUCGGUGAUCCUGCUGCUGGCCUCGGUCACACUUACCGUCCUGAGUGUCCAUCUGAACCGCUGGAGGCUGGACCGCAAGCUGGGACUCUGUCUCAUGCUGCUGUACGCCAUCUUCCUCCUCUGCUCCAUCGGCUUCGAGAGGCUGUAGAGGAUACACUCCAUCACACACACACACACACGCAUACAGAGUCAUACACACAGGUGCACACAGACAAAUCAGACGGUCAAACACAUGGACUUGCUCGAGUGUUCGUUUCCUACAUCCACUGCUGCCAUUAUUGAUCAAGUGUAUGGACAGAUGAAUUUGUGAUUGGUUUACAAAUAGCGUGACCACUGUAUGAAUGACAUUGGCUGCCUGGAAGUUACAUGGUUUACCUUUGAUAACUGAGUAUUUUACAUACUUUUAUACAAAGCACUGUCUAGCCCACAUUUUGAAAAUGCACUGUCACAAAAAACAAAUUGAUAAAGUGCUGAAUUUGUACUGCACCUACACUUCUUCCUUGUACCUGCGAGGUGUUAUUUUGAGAGAACAUUGCGCUUUAUGACUGCCACAAGUAACCUCAAUGACCAGAUGUUCAUAAAUGUAGAUUUAUUCAGUAUGUAGUCGCUUCUCAGUCGGUGCGGUUAUUUCAUGUAUAGUUUUAUUGUAGAGUUCUCCUCACGCCUGUGUGUGUGUUGUCGUGUACGAUAAAGCAUGGCUGGCGCUCCAGACGAUUGCACUAAGCCACUGUUGUCUUGGCUUGUAAAUAAUAUCGGCCCCCUCUUUCCUAAAAGUGUCUUAAGACAGCGAUCAUGUUUUUUGUGCUGGCUCACAGU